AUAUUUUGUCUAGUUGUAAUUUUGAGCUUAUUUAUAAACAUGUGUGUCAUGGGCUUGUGCACUUCCUCAAAUAAUUAACACACUACACAUUGGCAUACAGUGAUAAGUUACCGGAUUCAAUAUUUGUGAAAUAAUUAAAUGAAAAACGACAAAAAAUAUUGUUUCUUCAUUUUUCAUGCAUACCACUUACUUGACAUAAAAAUCAAUACAAUUAUUCCUGCGGACUAAUUUCUUUAGCAUCAUCGACGCCAAAUUUCAUUAGUACAUAAGUACAUAUUUAUUUGCUUCGUAAUUCAAAUACCAAAUUCAUUUGGUAUCUUGUUAAUGUGAUGACAUUAACAAGAAAAAUGAAAUUAGGCAAACAAACGGCGAACGCCCAAAAAAAUUAAUUGAGAAAUUUGAUCACUAAUUUUACUACUUGAUUCACAACGUGUCACGGAAUGUACAAACAAUUUACCUUCGAAUCAAAUAUCUUACAAAUGUACAGUUCGACAGUAUUCGCAAAGCACAAAAAUCCCAUAAUUUCCACACUCAAAUUUCAUAAAUAAAAUUGUCCCCAUGAAACUAUCUGAUUCGUCUGAAAAAUCAACUUAUCCAGAAGAAGAACUUCUCAUCAAAUGGGCAAAGUGGCCCAUUUUUGGUGUCCAGUUUAACGGGCAUCUCUCCCUCUCCGUGAUCUCACGCAAAUUAAACAACGAUGUAGAAUCCCAACCAAAGAAAUAUCGCAAAUCUUUGCAAUUUCACUUUUAUAGUGUCCCAUUCGUAUUCCAUGCCUUGCUCCUAACGAUAUUCUCCGUUAUUAUCAUCUGCUUCGGACAGACAGGAUACAGCGCAUUCAAACGGAUGGAAAAGCUGUCAUCAGACGCAGGAAUCCUUGCUGCUUACAGUCUCUGCGGUUUCAGCUAUACGAUGGGAAUUAGAAUCUGGAGUUUGAUCAGGGUAAAAAAAAACCUUGCAUUUUGGACUUAUCAGGUCGAUAAGGUUCGCCUUAUCCAACCAAAUUUAUGGGAUUUCAAGACUGUUUCAGAUUUACAGAAAGAAAUUCGUGCUUCAUUUUUGCGCACUGUUUUCUUCCUCUGUGCCGUCUUGAUGACUGUGUUUUGCAGUGAUUUUAUUUUGGUGGAUAUCUUCCAAAUCUCUAAAUAUAGCGUUAUCACGGAUUCCGUUUUGGGUCAGAAUGGUCCCAUCCUAGUUGGUGGGUUACUUUGGACAUAUUCCUAUUUUUCAAAUGCAUUUUUGUCACUUUGGUUGAGUUUCUUUAUUAAACUGUACUCCGCUGGGGUGUCUUCAAUUCGGGGGGAGUUUGAGGGGGGUAAAAUUACGGGGGCACAGAUAUCAAGACUUUCGAAAACGUACAAUGUUUUAGUUAAUCUUGUAGACCACUUUAAUGAUGAAAUGGGGGGAAGAAUAUUUUUGGAGGUGGGAUUCAAUCUAAUUUUUAUUUUGGGUAGCACCUAUUUCAUCAUUGUUUCCGGUAAGAUGGGUGAAUAUGGUAAUGCCAUUACAAACGCGACGUGUGCACUGUUAUCGAUGCAUGUGUUGUACGUUUAUGGGAACGAUUGUGAAAAUUUGGAAGUUGCGAGAUUGAAAUUGGUGAAUUUGCUGUGUGAGGUGGAGGAAAGUGACGGACCUUGGGAGAUGGGCGCAGCAAAUAAGAUUCGAGAUUUCCAGAGGAAAGUGGUCACUUGCAAGCUGAGGAUAACUCCAGAAAAUUUUUUUGCACUUAAUCGAAGCUUCAUUCUUUCGGUUUUGUCCAUCUUGAUGACUUUGCUGAUUGUGUUGGCCCAAUUCAGAGACUCGGAUGAGAAGAGUGGGUCACGUUAAGUAAUUUGUAGUCGUAAUUGUUAAUUAUUUAUCAAAUUAUUGUAUAAAAUGGUCACCUUCAAUUCUCUUAUGAAACGGAAGAAUGAGUCGGAGUGAAUAUAAAUUUGCAACAAUUAAUUACAUAACAUGAGUGCUUAGUGAGUAGAGAAUUUUUUGGUAAAUAUUCAAGAUUUAAAUAUAUAUCUGGAAAAUGGAGGUUUUUAUUUUGUAAGAUUUCUCAAACUCUAUCUCUUUCUUAUACAUACAACAUAUGUAUAACCCAUUGAAAUUAAUGUGUUGUUGCUAGAUUUGUUAAAUUAUAGUUUGCGAAUCCAUGCACGCCCAAGUUUUACUGAGUUGGCUUGGCUAAAUAGUUGUGAUGCGAAUACAUAUGUAUGUACAUAAAAAGUUGUCAUGAAUAAAUAUAUUUAUAUAUUCAUGUGAGGUUACUAUA